AUGAGCACCCAACCUGCUCAGACUGGCACCACACCUCUUAUAGAGGAGGAGAGACUUCCUUUCUACAAACCGGAACAAUUCUAUCCUGUCCAUAUAGGCGAGGUCCUUCACUCAAGAUAUAAGGUUUUAGGAAAACUUGGAUUGAGCGAACCUCUACUUAAGCAAACCUUGAUUUGCCUUCUUCAAGCUCUUGACUUUCUUCACAGUGAGGCAAAUAUCGUUCAUUCUGAUAUCAAGGCCUCGAACAUCAUGCUUAGCAUUGAAGAUGAAACGAUACUUAAAGACUUCGAAAAGGAGGAGCAGGAACAUCCAAGUUGGCGAAAGGUUGUGGAUAAUCACAUUAUAUACACCUCUCGGGAGCUUUCACUGCCGCAGAAUGAUUUAUGGGGUCAGCCAGUCUUAUGUGAUCUUGGGGAGGCUAGGAUCGGAAGCUCUCAUGAAGGGAAUAUUCAGCCCGAUAUAUAUAAGGCCCCUGAAGUGCUUUUUGACAUGCCAUGGACCUAUAGCGCUGAUAUAUGGAAUGUCAGCGCCAUGAUUUGGGAUAUUUUUGAAAAUAAACAUUUAUUUAAUGCACUUGACGAAGACAGAGAGUAUUCUCCAUACCAUCACGUUGCCGAAAUGGUGGCCUACCUUGGUCUGCCACCACUUCACUUUCUCCAGCGAAGUGAAGAGACACGCAAUGUGUUUGACCAGAAUGGUAAUUGGCUGGGUGCAGGUGGUGUCUCCAUACCGUCAAUCUCGAUGGAGGAAUCGGAAGACAAUCUCAGUGGCCAAGAUAAACAGCAAUUUCUCCAAUUCAUGCGAUCAAUGCUUCAGUGGGUCCCUGAGGAGAGAAAGACAGCGAAAGAGCUAUUGGAUGAUCCGUGGCUGAAUUCGGAUUGA